AUGCCGGGCACCGCCUGGGAGGCAGCCGAGACCUAUGGUAGGCUGGACCUCGCAGAAGUGGCCUGCGUGUCCGACUCCAGGCUCACGCACGCGAUGAUCGAGCAAGGAGGCAAGGCCGAGAGAUUCAGCAACUGGAACGGGUAUGACUUUUCCACCAGGUCUGGUGCAGAGAAGCUCGUGAAAGUACUGCGGGGCAAGAGGCCUCGAAGAGUUUGGUUUUCCCCACCGUGCGGAGCAGAGUGCCCAUGGCAGAAUCUGAACCCCGUAACGGCGGAGUCAGAGAAGAAGCUGAUCAAGACCAGACGUAUCCAGAGGAACGUCAGGGCUAUCGGUCAGCUGCUGAACGAGGGUUUCUGUGACAUAUACCUUGAGCAGUCAGGACGCUGCAGAUCUUGGACAGGCAACUUCAAGGAGCUCAAGGAGUCCAUGCACGGCUGCAGGAUUCACGGAUGCAUGUAUGAUCUGAGAGACGAGCAGAACGGUCUCCUCAUACGCAAGGACUGGCACAUCGCGACCACAGGCCCGCAGUUCGAGAAGAAGGUUGGGAGGAUUUGUCCAGAUCUGCAUCUGCAUAUGCCGCUGGAGGGCGGCACGAGAGUGGCUCUUUCAGCGAAUUAUCCCGUGAACAUGUGCAGGAGGAUCGCCCAGCACUUCAUGGCCAGGGCCACCUCGGACGAGGCCCUCGCCUAUCUGGUGCAGGCCCGCAACGAGCUGGACGACGAACUGUGUGCAGCGGGCUACAGGCGAUUGCGGGAGAAGCGAAGCGUCCAACGCUGGAGCCCACAGCUCCUGAAGGUCAAGGAGAAGGAGCAGGCAGACCAGUACCAGCUCCUGAUCCUGACGACCCUGGAGAUGCUCAAGGUCCUCCAGAAGGCGAGGUCUCGCAAGGCGGACCAGAAGCUCAUUGAUCUUUGCAGCCACUACGAGUGUCCAGCCUGCAAGGAGACGCAGGAGGUAGUGCUGAAGGACUGGAUCCACCACUACGGCAAGCCGGAGGUCUUCAGGACAGAUCCCGAAGGUUGCUUCAGGCAGGUCGAGCAGCGCGCCUGGGUCUCGGGUAACGGCAUGGAGUGGAGACCAGAACCCGGAGAAGCUCACUGGCGAAUGGGAGUGAUCGAAAGAUGCAUCGAGACGAUCAAGGAGAUCGCCACUCGCCUCGCCUGGGAGCUACCAGAUGACACCGAGCCCGCGGACAUCUUUCGCUGGGCUUGCGUGGCUAACAACGACCUGAUGCGACACCAAGGCUACAGCCCGAUGAUGCUCAUGAUGGGUCGUACCCCGUCGGGGCAGGGCUUAGAGCAAGUGGGGAAUCCUUCAGUCCUGAGCGCCAAUGUGGUGGACAAGCAUUUCCAGGAGGUCACGCGCAUCAAGGCGGCAGCUUACAAGGCGUGCGUGGACCACUACCUGUCGGAGAAGACGAAGCGCGCUCUGCUGGCCAAGACGAGGCCGUUCAAGACAUGGGAGCCUGGUGAGAAGGCACACUACUGGCGAGGUGCGAAGGGUAACAGCCACAAGACUCGGCCAGGUAUAGCUGGUCGAUUUCACGGUCCCGCCACUGUCUUGAUGCAGGAGCGCGAGAUGAAGAAUGGUGUUGCGGUGCGACGAGGAGUUGUCUGGCUUGUUGACGGUGACCGUCUUGUACGAGCAGCGGCCGCUCACCUCCGCACGACUACGAAAGCGGAGCAGACCCUGGAGAGCAUCUCCGCAGGGAGCUCCGACCACUUCAAGAAGAUUCUGCAGGAGCUGACGAAGGGUGCUUACGAUGAUAAUGGGACGAUAUUCCAGAAGGAGAGAAUGGUGAAGUACCGGACCCACCCAGGACGACAACUCCCAGAAGUACAGCAUUUCCUCAACCUGACGAUCACGAAGGAGAAGCACAGAAUCCAGCUGAACCAGCACCGACACCGACCAGCGACCAGAUCGACGAGAGCGAACCACCACCAGAAGGUUACAACAAGCGAGAAGCCAGCCAAGAGCCUCCUGGAGAUCCAGAACCCAAGAGACAUCGAGCCGACUCCGCAGGAUACUUGA